AUGUCCACCGCCGACCCCUCCAACCCUAUCACCUCGGUGAACCCAAUCACCUCUGUCUCGCCGGGCUAUGCGGCUCCGGGCAUCUACACCAACCAGGCGCUGCUCACGCGCCUGAACCUCGACCUCCGCGGCCGCAUCUUCCCCGUCGAGCGCGAGACGCUCAUGCUCCUCCCCGAGAGCGUGCUUUUGGGACUUUUCCCCCAAGGCCUGAUUCUCUCCAAGCCCGCGUCGUGGGAGGGUGGCGACGACGGAGUGUUCACUGUUGAUUUUAACAGCGAGUGUUUCGAGUUUAUAUUGGACUUUUGGGCGGACGCCCAGGCCGCCUUCUACGGCACUCCCACCUCGCCGGGCCUCUUCCACGCGCAGCAGUCGAUCCCGCCCAGCCCUACCGAUCCCAACAGCGACAUCAACCAGAACCCGUUGCUCACCAAGCAGGCCAUCAUUGUCCUGCGCGAGGAGCUCGAGUACUUUUCCAUCACCACGCCCGGCGCGCUCGCCCGCGUCGACGACCAAGGACUGGCCAACGACGAGCUCCGCGCCCUCAAGCGCGCGGCCGGCGAGGCCCUCGCCUCCAAGCGCCAGAUCUUCACCGCCCUCCAGCGCAACGUCAACAAGGAGAACAACCAGGCCGAGCAGCACCUCAUUGACAUGCUGUGCAUGUCCGGGUUCAACCGCGACGACGAGUGGGGAUUCCGCGCAUGCGAGCCCACGCGCAACCUGAUCUCGUCCAUGGCCCUCGUCCUCCUCAAGACGGGUAUCGUGCACCCCGGAUCGCCCGGCGCGCCCGCCGACCUCUCGGCGCCCAUCAUCGACGACAGGCAGAUGGGUACCGCGCAAAAGCUCCUGCUCUUCUGGCGCAAGCCCGCGCGUAAAUGCUGGUGGGACGGCGUCGAGGUCGAGGUGCCCAAGAGCACGACGUCGACCGAGAACAUGUCCGUCAAGGUUUGGGCAAGGCGGGUGUGGACCUUGGAGUUGUCUCUAAUUUAG